AUCAAUUUAACGGAUUGGUUAAUUGAUGGCUAUUUUAUGGUUAUUGUUACACUCAUAAUCUGUUUGAAUAUUAAAUAUUUAUAUUAAUUUGGAAAUCAUAAAAUUCACAGUGUGUAAUACGAUAACUAGUUAUGGUAUAAAGAUGAGAUGUGGACGUCCAGGGUCUUAGUUCUCGUGAGUUCUCACGAGAUUACGAUAUCUUAGCGGAACAGUCAUGUCAAAACUGGUGAAACAUCUAUUCGGUAACAAUGUCUUGAAUUAACACAAAUCUGUAUUAAGUUAGAUAAUGAUGGAUUUCUACAAAAUGCAGAGAGACAAUUGAUUAACGAAAACAAAGAUUUAUUUGUAAAUUUUAUAAUAACAGAUAUUUUUACCGCUAAGUUGAUUUCGACAGUCAUUAGAAGAUAGAUUCGAAUAGUAUAAAAACGGAAGCAAUUUCAAAAUUUUCCAAAUUAAAUUUUGCUAACUGCAUAUAUGAAUAACUUAAAAGGCGCAAUUAAAACGUUGCAUUUAUUUUCGAGUUUACCGAUUUAAUUGGGAUUUUUUUUCUUCCAAAUAAUGGAAAAUACAUUUGAUUUUUUUAACAUUGUCAUUUUUCGUACCCAGAUCUAUCUUCAGAGCAAUACUUUGAUAUAUUAAAGAUGGAGGCUUCAAGAUAUAAGCAGACACAGUUCGUGUUAUUGCUGCUGAUUUUCAUAACGAGUUUAAACGAUUCCAUCUGUACAACUGUGCGUGUGGGAAAAUAUUCUGUCGAGAAAAACAAGCGAGUUAUACAAACUAUCUCUCCCGUGGAAUCAGAACUCGCAAAAUCUCUUAUUGUCUGUGUACGCAGGUUCCAUGGCAGAGAUGAUGCAUGUUUAGCAGACUACAACCCAGAAACACAAACUUGUAACAUCUUUACUUCUGGUUGUUGUCCCGGAAACGACGAAAUUCAAACAGGAUUUUCACUUUUCAGGCGAGAUUUAGAAGGUUUGAUUAGUCAACCUGCACAUGAUUGUUCAUUUUAUAAAAAUGCAGGACAACCAACCGGUGUUUAUACGAUUUACCCCGAACAUGGUCCGAAUGGUAUAUCAGUUUAUUGCGAUAUGGACGAAGAUGAAGGUGGCUGGAUAGUUAUACAACGACGGUUUAACGGCUCAGUGGACUUUUAUAGGAACUGGGAGGAGUACAAGUCUGGUUUUGGAAACGUAAAUGGUGAACACUGGCUAGGCAACGAAAACAUAUACCAGAUGACGCGAGGUAGCAGUUAUGUACUCAGAAUAGAUUUACAAGCUUUCGAUGGAAAUACAGCAUAUGUAAAAUAUUUCAAUUUUACUAUAGCAGAUGAAACCGAUGACUACAGGCUAACCCUCGGAGAAUAUUGUGGAACUGUCGGUGAAGAUGGGACUCAUGGCAUGAUGUACAACAAUAAUGCACAAUUUAAGACGAAAGAUAAAGACGACACUGCGAGAGGAAGUAUUCCACCGUGUAGCGAGAAGUUACAUUCGGGGUGGUGGUUUCAGAAAUACUGUUCUAGUGUUAAUUUAAAUGGAGAAUGGACUACCGAGAAUCGAGAUGACUCCAUAAAUUGGCAGUACUGGGAAUCUUAUUUGAAAAAUGGUUUGGAGAGGACGUCGAUGAAAAUUCGUCGUAAAUAAAGUACAUCUACCACAUGAUAAACAACAAUAACUGUUUUAGAUCAACUGAUUACACAUAUGUGAUGUUAAGCUAGUUGGUACGGCUAAUGUUAUUAUGACAUUUUUGUAAGUUUGUUCUCCAUCAUUUUUAGUUUGAGGUAAUAUCAUCUUCAUUUUAAAAGAAUAUUGAAUCGAAUCAGACGAGUACAGCGUGGUACUUUUGAGGACCAUAAGACCAACGUCCUUAAUUUUGAUUAAAGUUGCUGAUUAUUGUACCGUUAUAGUUUUUUUUAUUAAGAUAUAUUUAUUAAAAUUAAUGUGUGUUAGAUGUCAAUUUGAACAUAUUACAUGCACAUCAACAUGAUUAAGACUAGAUAAGGUUAAUUUAGAAUGAAUAGCUAUGCGUUGUUAUUGACUGACACGCCAGUCCAAAAUUCUGAUGUGCUAGUUCAUGCAGGAGGACAUGUCAUCAUACACACAUAUAAAGGAAAACUGUCAAGUCCUUUUACUUAUGAAUAUUGAAA